CUGUUUCACUUUCGGGAGGAGAAAGCUCAUCUCCUCUUGUUCCCUCACAAAUCCAAUUCGCUGCGAUCGAAUUUGGAUUUCGAUCUUCUUUUCUAUCUAUGGCAUUUCAAGAAAAGCAAAACAGGUUUAAGAAGCAGCAAGAGAAGAGUGCAUCUGCUUCGCACAAUGGAAGAAAUCCAGGUUCUAUUAAAUUCUCUACCGAUACCGAAAGACUUCAACAUGUUAAUAGCAUACGCAAAGCCCCCGUUGGGGCUCAGAUGAAGCGUGUUAUUGAUCUCUUAUAUGAGAAUCGACAGGCUUUAACCAUAGAGCAAAUAAAUGAGGCAUGUUACGUGGACAUGAGAGCUAACAAGGAUGUUUUUGAGAGUAUGAGGAAAAACCCAAAAAUAAAAUUUGAUGGGGAAAAAUUCUCUUACAAGUCGAAGCAUGACAUUAGGGACAGAAGCCAGCUGCUCUUCUUGGUACGUAAGUUUCCAGAGGGCAUUGCUGUCGUUGACCUAAAAGAUUCUUACCCAACUGUCAUGGAAGACUUGCAGGCUUUGAAAGCUGCAAGGGAGAUUUGGCUGUUGUCCAACUUUGAUUCACAGGAGGACAUUGCGUACCCGAAUGACCCUAAAGUGCCCAUUAAGGUGGAUGAUGACCUGAAACAGCUUUUUCGGGGUAUUGAAUUGCCUCGUGAUAUGAUUGACAUAGAGAGGGAUCUACAGAAAAAUGGAAUGAAGCCUGCUACUAACACUGCAAAGAGAAGAAGUGCAGCAGAAAUGCAAGGCAUAUCAUCCAAGCCUAAGCCUAAGAAGAAGAAGAAUGAAAUCACUAAGAGGACCAAGCUGACUAAUGCCCAUCUUCCAGAGCUUUUUCAGAACCUGAACAAUUCCUGACUUAAGAAACUCAUGGCAAGUGAUGAAGGAAUUCAUAUAGCUCAUUUAUUGACAUAAAAAAGAACACGUGGUUAGAAAAAUGUUGUUCAUAUGGACAUGGCCUUUUUAUUGUAUUAGCACACUGCUUCUGGUUUGGAUGGUACCCAAUUAGUUGGAGGGAAACGAUGGUUAUUGCAAUUCAUGGCAUUCCUGCUUCUACACGAUUCUAAUGCAAAAGGGCAAGCAUGGCCAUAAUCCAUCUUCUGUUGGUUUUUUAAAACUAAAGAUUAAACAAAAAGGACAGAUGGUGAACCCUUGUUAACAAACACGGUCAAUUAGCAGGGUGAAAAAUGUUCAGGGGGUUCUAAGUGGUAUUUUCUGCUAUUAACAGAUAUUUUACAUUUUAUACAUUAAGGCUGUAAUUGAUCAUUUGGGGUUCUCAUAGAGUAAAAUACAUAUUGCAUCCCUGAAGUGUGACCUAUUUCCACUUCUAUGUGAAACUGAUCUGCGCUACAUUUAGCAAAACUGAUAAUUUUUUACAAGAAAAUUUCGUUUUCAGCAGCCUGCUGUUUCA